AUGGAUGCGUCUUCUCGAGCCGUCAACUUCCUGGGUGACGAGGACAAGAAGGUCUGGGCUUUGCCGUUGUGGAAGAAGUCUCGGGACGCCAUGGCCGCCGCCGAGGCCGAGAAAGAGGCAGCGGCCAAUGCGGCGAAGGCCGCGGAAAGCGAGGCAGCGGAGGGCGCGGAAGCGUCUCAGAGCACCUCCCAGGCCGGUGCCCAGGCGGCGCAGGCUGCAGAGCCGGACAAUGCGCUGGUCGUGUCCCAGGCGCACAGCUCUUCCUGGGAUCGCUUCGGUGCCCGAUUAGGAGAGAUGCCCUUCCUCAGCAGUGUCUUCGAGAACCCUCUCUUCGACCGAGUCUUUGGAGAGACCGAGAUUGCGGCGUCCAUCCGGGAGAUGAAGGCCGAUCCCUGCUUAGCGGAAGAGCUGGUGUCCCCGGAUCCCAGAGAUGAGGAGGUGGCGAGGUUGAAACGCCGCGUGGACCAAUUGCACCACGAGAAGGUCUGGUGGAGGGAGAAGUGCUACCAAGUCGAGGAGGAGAAGGAGAAGGAGAAGCAAGAGAUGGAGCAGCAGCAUUUUUGGGGGACUCUGCGUCUUCAAUCGCCGCUGACAAGGACGGAGCAGAUCUUGUAUCGCCCCGACCAGUAUGGUCAGACCUACAAAUGGUACAACAUGAACUGCCCAUGCUGUCGACGCCCGCUUGAGGUGACGGUCAAUGGCAUGGCGGAGGGAUGGAAGGAGUCUCAUCCGAGCGGUCGCCGCGCGUUCGUCGGCUCCCUCUGGGGUGCCAACGCCGGCUACGCUUUGGGUGCCGUGGUUCUUGGCGUGCGCCUGCGUGAGCUCUCUCCCGACAUCGAGCGGGUGAUGCUGCACACGGACGACGUGCCACCGAACUACCUCGAGGCAUUUGCGCAGGAUGGCCUUUGGCAGCUCAAGGAGGUGAACUAUAUCGAUGGUGUGGAGGAUCUCUAUGUCAGCAAGGGGAAUAUCUUUGACGGCGUCUUCACAAAGCUGGCGGCCUGGAGCCUGACCGACUUCGAGAAGGUCUUGCUCCUUGAUUUGGACAUCAUCCCGUUCCGGCCCAUGGACGAACUCUUUGACCUUCCCUGUCCGGCUGCCAUGGUCCGUGGCCAGGGCGAGAACGACCAUGGCAAGGAGGUGGACGGGAGGAGAUUUUUCGCCGGGGGAGACCACCAGGAAUAUCCUUGGGGGCAGACGGGCGGCAUCAACGCGGGCGUGAUACUUCUGCAGCCCGAUGCCGAGAUGUUCCGGCAGAUGAACUCGGAGGUGACCUGCAAGAAUCAUCCCUGCCACAUCGCAGGGAACGGGCCCGAACAGGAUUACUUGUCGCGCUUCUUCGCUUCAAGGAGGGACUCUCCGUGGCAUCAGAUCAGCGUAGCCUGGAACUACCAGCUGCAUCAGUCGCUCUUCUCUGUUGAGCGCAUCAUCGAGUGGCACCGUUUCAUGGUCACCUCUGGCAAGGAGUUCAGCCAGGCCGAUCUUGACUGGAUGCCGCAGCGGAUGCGCAUGGGACUGGAGGACAUCGGCAUUGUCCAUUUCAGUGGGGAAGUAAAGCUCUGGCACUUGUUCCUGAAGACGCACCGGUCCGACGAUGUUCGGCGCAACGUCAGCCACGAGGCGACGACAGGGACAUCGGACGCCUGGAGCGACGAGAAGUUCGCGGAGCACAUCAUGUCUGCCCAACGCGGUUAUCCGUUGUGGAUGUCCAGGACGGCAGAUCUGGAGGAGUACGAGGCGUACGGCUGCAGAAGGGAGGGCAAUCGCAUCUUCAUCGGGGACAAGGACAUGACCGACUUGGUGGAUGCGUUGGUGGAGAGAGUGUUGCAGGUGGCGAAGCAAGCCACGACAGUGUGGCGUGAGUGCGCCGAGAGACUUCUGCAGCGGCAGCCAGAGAUCGUGCGACAGCUCGAGAAUCCGGCCGUGCCUGAAGGCUGCCUACCACUCGGCACCCGCGUUGAGGUCAGCUGGACGAUGGGCACAGGCCGCACCGCUUCCGUGCGGUGGCUCCCAGCCCAGGUGCUGGGGGUGCAUUCCGACGGUGCCUAUGUGGUGAGGUUCGAGGUGGGGGGCGGAUGGGGCGACACGGAACGACACGUCGUUCCAGAGCGAGUCCGAAGAACCGAGAAUGGCUUUGGCCACCACACGGGUUGA